GUCAUCGUGAGGGCGGAGCCGGCGGCUGCGCGGGGCAGGGCGUUGCGGACGCACGCACGUCGAGCGCUGAUGUCCCGAGCCGCUGAAGCUGCGGGCUUGGUCUGGGGCGGCUGCUUUGGCUGCGGCUCGGCUCGGGGCUGAAGGUUGGAGAGAAAUUCAGGUAUUCUGUUGACUGGCACUUUCUGCCACCAUGGGGGAGCUUUUCCGGAGUGAAGAGAUGACGCUGGCCCAGCUAUUUCUACAGUCAGAAGCUGCUUAUUGUUGCGUCAGUGAACUAGGAGAACUGGGAAAGGUUCAAUUUCGUGAUUUAAAUCCAGAUGUGAAUGUUUUCCAGCGGAAAUUUGUGAAUGAAGUUAGAAGAUGUGAAGAAAUGGAUCGAAAGCUUCGAUUUGUUGAGAAAGAGAUAAGAAAAGCUAAUAUCCCAAUUAUGGACACUGGUGAAAACCCAGAGGUGCCCUUUCCCCGGGACAUGAUUGACUUAGAGGCCAAUUUUGAGAAGAUUGAAAAUGAACUGAAGGAAAUCAACACAAACCAGGAAGCUCUGAAGAGAAAUUUUCUGGAACUGACUGAAUUAAAAUUUAUACUUCGCAAAACUCAGCAGUUUUUCGAUGAGGCUGAAUUGCAUCAUCAGCAGAUGGCGGAUCCAGACUUGUUGGAAGAGUCCUCGUCCCUCUUGGAGCCAAGUGAGAUGGGAAGAGGCACACCUCUAAGACUUGGCUUCGUGGCUGGUGUGAUUAACCGGGAGCGCAUCCCUACUUUUGAGCGCAUGCUUUGGCGGGUGUGCCGGGGGAAUGUGUUCCUGCGACAGGCUGAAAUCGAGAAUCCCCUGGAGGAUCCUGUAACUGGUGACUACGUGCACAAGUCCGUAUUCAUCAUUUUCUUCCAAGGUGAUCAGCUGAAAAACAGAGUCAAGAAGAUCUGUGAAGGGUUCCGGGCCUCACUCUAUCCCUGUCCUGAGACACCACAGGAGAGGAAGGAAAUGGCUUCUGGAGUUAAUACCAGGAUUGACGAUCUCCAAAUGGUUCUCAAUCAAACAGAGGAUCACCGCCAGAGGGUCCUGCAGGCAGCUGCUAAGAACAUCCGUGUCUGGUUCAUCAAGGUGCGCAAGAUGAAGGCCAUCUACCACACCCUGAACCUGUGCAACAUCGACGUGACCCAGAAGUGCCUGAUCGCAGAGGUCUGGUGCCCCGUCACCGACCUCGACUCCAUCCAGUUUGCACUCAGAAGGGGCACGGAACACAGUGGUUCCACUGUGCCCUCUAUUCUGAACAGGAUGCAAACAAAUCAGACACCCCCAACCUAUAACAAAACAAACAAGUUCACAUAUGGCUUUCAGAACAUAGUUGAUGCUUACGGAAUUGGAACUUACCGAGAGAUAAAUCCAGCUCCCUAUACCAUCAUCACUUUCCCUUUCCUGUUUGCUGUGAUGUUUGGGGACUUUGGCCAUGGUAUUUUGAUGACCCUUUUUGCCGUAUGGAUGGUAUUGAGGGAGAGCCGGAUCCUCUCUCAGAAGAAUGAGAAUGAGAUGUUUAGCACUGUAUUCAGUGGCCGGUACAUUAUUCUACUGAUGGGUGUGUUUUCCAUCUACACUGGCCUCAUCUACAAUGACUGCUUUUCCAAGUCUCUUAAUAUCUUCGGGUCAUCCUGGAGCGUACGGCCGAUGUUCACUUUGUAUAAUUGGACGGAUGAGACGCUUCGAGGGAACCCUGUUCUGCAGUUGAACCCAUCUGUCCGUGGAGUUUUUGGUGGACCAUACCCUUUUGGCAUCGAUCCAAUCUGGAACAUUGCUACCAACAAAUUGACCUUUCUCAACUCCUUUAAAAUGAAGACAUCUGUUAUCCUAGGCAUCAUCCACAUGAUGUUUGGAGUCACCUUGAGCCUCUUCAACCAUACCUAUUUCAAGAAGCCCCUGAAUAUCUACUUUGGAUUUAUUCCUGAAAUAAUCUUCAUGACCUCUUUGUUUGGCUACUUGGUUAUCCUCAUAUUUUACAAGUGGACAGCCUAUAAUGCUAAUACAUCUGAGAAAGCGCCAAGCCUUCUGAUCCAUUUUAUAAACAUGUUUCUCUUUUCCUACGGGGACUCUAGUAAUUCGAUGCUGUAUUCUGGACAGAAAGGAAUUCAGUGUUUCCUGGUAGUCGUUGCGCUACUCUGUGUACCUUGGAUGCUACUAUUUAAACCACUGGUCCUUCGCCAUCAAUAUUUGAGGAGGAAGCAUUUGGAAGGGCAGCCUGUGGAGGCCCCAGUCAGCCCAACCCCGAGCCAGCAGGGACUAGAGGCAGCAACGGCUGCAACAGGAACUCUCAACUUUGGUGGGAUCAGGGUGGGCAACGGACCGACAGAGGAGGAUGCUGAGAUUAUUCAGCAUGACCAGCUCUCCACCCAUUCAGAGGACGCAGAAGAGCCUACCGAGGAUGAAGUGUUUGACUUUGGGGACACCAUGGUCCACCAGGCCAUCCACACCAUCGAGUACUGCCUGGGCUGCAUCUCUAACACCGCCUCCUACCUGCGGCUCUGGGCCCUCAGCCUCGCUCAUGCACAGCUGUCUGAGGUGCUCUGGACCAUGGUGAUCCACAUCGGCCUCAGCGUGAAGAGCUUGGCAGGAGGUUUGGCGCUGUUCUUCAUUUUCGCCGCCUUUGCCACCCUGACCGUGGCCAUCCUCCUGAUCAUGGAGGGCCUCUCGGCCUUCCUCCACGCACUGCGGUUACACUGGGUCGAGUUCCAGAAUAAAUUCUACAGCGGAACCGGUUUCAAGUUCCUACCCUUCUCCUUUGAGCACAUUCGGGAAGGGAAGUUUGAUGAGUGAUUGCUUUGUGGGGCUGUGUGCCGGCAGGCUGCCCUCCCCACUCCCUCCACACUGGUUAGCUGUGCUCCUCUUGCCUGUUGGUUUUGUUCCCUGGGUAUCAGUACGUUUGUGUCAUCCCCGCCACCCCUCCCCCAGCCGCCUGUGAGUCAUUUAGAUAGAUCCAUCCCUCCCUGGGUCCCCUGCCACCACCAAUUUUAUGUGUAGUGUAGUGAUUUUCUAGAGAAAAGCGGGCUCUGGCUGUCACUCACACCCACUGGGCACCGGCCCUGCCCUCCCAGCCUCCGUCCAGCCAGAGACAGCCCUUUCUCUGUCCCCUAUCGGUAAACAAGUUAGUGCAUUUUACAUUUGAGCCCAAAGCCCACGGAAGGAGACCCGUCACCAUCCACACCCAGACUUUGAGCCCCCUCUUCCUGCCACUCUAGUUAUUGGUUGGGGGUAGGGUUGCUCUUUAACAUGCCCUACUCUUGGAUUAGCAGGGGUGGGUCCAGGAAGAUGGAAUCUGUCCUCUGCCCAUCCCCUCUCGUCUUCAGAGCAGUUGUUAAUCAGGAAUUCAGCUGGAAGUAACUAUGCCGGUGUGUGUAGCUUCUCCCUGUCACUCCCAAGGGUCCCAGGGUACCCAGCACCACCUCCCUUACCCGCACCAGGGUGACCCAAACAGAGGUCCUGGCUGCCUCCUGUGGCUGGAUGCUUCUAGGCCAUGCUGGGGGCCCUGCCACAAGCACGCCCUCUGGGCAGAAGGUUCAAACUUGCUCUUUCCUGGUGCAGACCCCAAGACCUACCUUCCCCUACCCCUAAUCAUAAGUCUCGAGGGCAGGACCGUAGUCAUCCAGGGUGGUUCUGCUUGCAGACCUGCCUUCUCUGCCCUCCAGUGCCCCUCCCCACUUCCACUGGGGACCCAGUCAAGGGAGCGGGGUCCUGGGCAGCGAAAGCUGGUGCCAUUUACAGUUUGCGGAUUGGAGGCAAUGGCCAGGGCUGCAGCGCGCUGGUUGUGAGAGCUGCACGGCCUUGCCCUGUGGGCCGAUGGUGAGCACUCCCCAUCCCCGCCAACGGGCCACCUCUCCUGUCACCCCCAUGCUGGGCUAUGGCUCUUAGGGCCUUUUAAUCAUGUGUUGACACAGCAGCCGUGGCUGCUUCAGCUAAAUUGAGCCCUAUGGCCCCCAGUGGUAGAGAUAAUCCUCUGAAUUGGCCAGGCCCCUGCCCUCCUCCCACCCUGGCUUUUCUGAGUGAGUUACUUAGAGCUGCUCACGACUCUCCCGGACAUGGGCCACGUGCCCAGCUUCCCUGUGUGCUGGCCAGUGUGACCCUGUGCUGAGCCCCCUCCCCUCUGGGCCCAGUGGUUUACAUGAUGACCUUUGCUCUGUUUACAGCGGGGGUUUAAAGCAGAGCUCUUUGUCAGGAACCCUGCCCAAGGCCCUUCUGUUACACAUUCCUGUGCUGAAUAAAGUGUGUUUGACUCUA